AGGUGUGUGAGGCGGAGGGGAAAGAAAGAGACCUGAGUGACGCGAGGAGGAAGCAGGGCGGGCUUUUCCCUCCUUCCCUCCGUCCAGGUCCCUCCUUCUGCGCGUUUGUUUGCCUUGGAGGGAAAGAAGGAGUGAGUGAGUGAGUGAGUGAGUGUGGGAGGAAGAGGGAGAAGGCGCAGGAGAGGGAAUGAGGAGCAGCAGGGAAGAAAGGAGCUGGAGGAGACGUCCAAGAAUCUAGUGGAAGCCGGAGAAGAUGGAACGGGAAUAAAAGACAGGAGAGAAAAGUGUCAGAUGCGGGGAAAACAUUCCCAAGGCUUUUGAAGGAGGAAGAAGAGAAGAGCCCAGAGAGUCGGGCAAAAGUUUGGGCGCCCGACUUUGCAGCAUGUUCUCCGCCCGGGACUGACUGAGUCGGGAUGAGGUGCCGCCCGUUCCCGGUGCUGAAGGUCCUGCGGAGGAAGCGCGCCCGGUUCUGGCUGGCCUUGGGGCUCCUGGCCGGGGCUCUCUGGGCGGCCUCCCUGGAGCUGGCAGCUUUGGACAGCGGAGGAGGAGGAGGAGGAGGAGGAGGAAGAACAGGACACCCCUUGAGCCGCAGGUAUGAAAGUUGGGGUGAAUUGAUAAAAACUCUGAGAAAGCAAGACGCACCCAUAGUGGAUUCAAGUGUUCGGUUUAAUCAGUAUCCGAGGUUGAAGACUCAGUUCCAAGGUCAAGUCAAUCUCCAUGUGUUUGAGGACUGGUGUGGAGGCUCCAUAGAACAGCUGAGGAGAAACCUCCACUUCCCAUUAUAUCCUCACACACGGACCACUUUGAAAAAACUGGCAGCCGCUCCAAAAUGGAAAAACUAUGGAUUGCGCAUAUUUGGCUAUCUGCAUCCAUUCAGUGAUGGUGAGUUUCAGUUUGCCAUUGCGGCCGAUGACAAUGCAGAGUUCUGGCUGAGUCCAAGUGAGAACAUCUCAGAUCUCCAACUGCUGGCCAGUGUGGGCAAGACCGGGAAGGAGUGGACAGCACCUGGGGAGUUUGGAAAAUUCAAGAACCAAAUGUCAAAGCCAGUGAAGUUGUCAUCCACAAAUAAGUACUACUUUGAGGUACUACACAAGCAAGAUGAUAAAGGAACGGACCACGUAGAAGUGGCAUGGAGGUUGAAUCACCCAGAAGACAACUUCGCAAUUAUUGACUCUCCAUUCCUCUCCCUUUAUAGUAAUAAGACCCUUUUUAAAAUGGAUGGGGUUGUCCAUAUCCCACAGACGUUGGCUACUCGUCGGAGUCAGAUCCUGCCCAGUCGGGCUGCAAUGGAGCACCCAGCAGACAUGCUAAAGUUUGACCCCCGAGACACUAUUUAUGCAUUGCCUCUCAUAAGAAAGUCAGAGAUUCGCAAGAUCUUUCCUGACUGUCCGUACAAACCAAGCUACUUGGUCAAUGGGCUUUCACUAAGCCGCUAUGAGGGACUCCAGUUUGUUCACUUAUCAUUUGUAUAUCCCAAUGACUACACGCGUUUGAGCCAUAUGGAAACACAUAACAAGUGCUUUUACCAGGAAGAUGCCUAUUAUCUGGAGAGGUUUGGAUUUUCCAAAUACAUGAAAAUGGACCAAUCAGAUGGCAGAAAACUAGGUUCUGAGGAAAUAUUAAAAUACCCAGGCUAUGAAGAAGAAAAUUUAGACGAUUCUCAAUAUGUUGAUCCAGAAAAGGAAGACACAAUUUCUCCAUUGGACCCUACUACACCAAAGCCAGAACAAGAGCCGUCCCUGACCGCAGGGUAUGCCAAUGUGUAUGAUUAUUCCCCACAAAACCAUCGGAAUCUCUUAACCAUUUCUGGAAAGACUACACAGAGAAAGGAAAAGAAAGGACAGAAAAUCAAUCCAUUAAACAGUAAAUCCAAAGCAGAAAGAACCUCACCAAUGAGGAAGCCUCAACUGAAGCAACAAAUCAUGGGAAACUCCAGACACUCUUCUUAUCAUGAUAGGACUGUCCACGAAUUAUCAAACACCAAGAGGAAAGUGGAGGAUAAAGGACUGCAGGUAAAUAAAAGGCCCAAAGUGGAUAAGGAACAAAAUUCAUUCAGGGAUGCGGCUGGAAGGAUCACAAGAGAACCAAGUCCAAUUCAGUUAGGUUUUAGUACAAAUCGAAACAAGAACCCAUCAAUAGAUUCCACAAAAACAAGGAGACAAGCUCAAGUAUUUGACAAAAGUGCUGGACAGGUCACCCUUCAAAAAACGCCUGUUCAUGAAGACCAGUGGUUUAAUCAAGUGGAUUCCUAUAUAUCCCGGCACAAGGCCGCAGAUGCUGCGAAUGUCAUUUUGGGAAGGGUGGAUCUGGCUUCGCACCAGCCUGUUCAGACUGAUUCUAUCCCGCCAACAGUCCAAGAGGAGAAGCAUGAUGAAGAGGUUGUGGAGCUGGAAGAAGAGGAAGAAAAAGCUGUUGAGUGGGAAGAACACGUUGAAUACAUGCCUGUAUUUGACCAGCUAGUGAACUGGGAGCAGACCUUCCAGGCAAGUAACUUGGACUUCCAGCUGCUGCGGACAGACUGGAUUGAUCUGAAGUGCAACACUUCAGGGAACCUCCUUUUGAAAGAAAAGGAAGCCUUAGACAUCACACAAGCUUUCCUAACAAAACUCAACCAGAAGAACAAAGGGCGAUUCCAACUGCGGCGCAUUCUGAAUAUAGAAAAGCGACAGGAUCACCUCCGGGGCAGCCGAUACCUUCUUGAGCUGGAGCUUGUGGAGCUUGUGGGAAAGCGUGUUGUCCGAUUUUCAGAAUACAUCUUUGCUCGGAACUGGCCCGAUGGGGGUGACAACGAGGAGGAAAAGGUUUUGAAGGACUUGGCAUGGGGCCGCAAGCGUCAUCUGAUGGCUACUACGGAUAAGCCAACUCUUUGCUGGCCAUCAGGCUUUUCCUGGAAUCACCGUGCUGUUGUCCACUUCAUCGUGCCAGUGAAAAAUCAGGCACGGUGGGUGGUGCAGUUUAUCUCAGACAUGGAAGAGCUAGUGAAGAUUACUAAGGACCACUUCUUCAAUGUUAUCAUCACAGACUACAGUAGUGAUGACAUGGAUGUAGAAAAGGCUUUGAGAAGAUCCACGUUGCCCAGGUACCAGUACUUGCGAUUGACAGGGAAUUUUGAACGCUCUGCAGGCCUGCAGGCUGGCAUAGAUUUAGUGAAGGAUUCCCACAGCAUCAUUUUCCUAUGUGACCUGCACAUCCGAUUCCCAGCAGGGAUUAUUGACUCCAUUCGGAAGCAUUGUGUGGAAGGGAAAAUGGCCUUCGCCCCCAUGGUUAUGAGGCUGCAUUGUGGAGCAUCCCCACAACAGCCCGAUGGAUACUGGGAAGUGAAUGGCUUUGGGCUCCUUGGAAUUUAUAAAUCUGAUCUGGUUCGUAUUGGAGGGAUGAACACCAAAGAAUUCCGCGAUAAAUGGGGAGGAGAGGACUGGGAACUCUUAGACAGAAUUUUUCAGUCUGGCCUGGACGUGGAACGGCUCGCUAUCAGGAACUUCUUCCACCACUAUCACUCCAAGCGAGGCAUGUGGAACCGACACCAUUGAAAAUGUGAGGCACAUUUGCACUCCUGGAUCCCAGCACGCACUUUAUUCAGGUCUGGUCCAAAGCAAAGAACACCCCUCUCUCCUACAGAAAUCAUAGCAUGAGUUUAGAGACUCAUAACAUGUUUGCAUGUCAUGAGAAAAGAAGUCACAGCAUGGAAUGAAGAACAUUUUCUGUAAGGGAGGAGACAUCAUCAGGAAGAAAGAAGACUUACCUCUACUAUCUUUUAUCGAGAAAAGUGAUCUUUGAAAAUGUGGGUAUAUUUUCUCACCAGCAUCAGCACAUUCUAGCAAUGCUUCUAGGAAGCAAAAAACAUUCAAUAUAGGUUCUUCCCAGCCCAGCACAAAAGCCUUUUUAAUAAAAGUGCCUUCCUAUUUCUUAUUAUGUAUAUAAUGCUUUAAAUUAUUAAAAAGAAAACACAAAAAUAAUGCAGCAGUUUUUACAUGCAACUGAACUACUUCUUGCAGUUUUUGAUAUCCUUUGAGAGCCUGAAGUUAUGGAAGGACAGCUUUUCUGCCAACGGAAAUCAGAAUAUUCUGGCAUUUUGGGUACAAAUAAAAGGUGCCAGAAUCUCACAACAUGGCUUAUUGUCUUCUUUGGAAGAUACUUGAACAACAAAAACAAUUCUGGAAUUCAUGCCUUUGGACAAAACAUGACUCAUUUUCUGUAUAUUUGUGCAUCCAUCCAGGAGAUUCAGAGGAGUUGAUUCCUCUCUUCACUUGAAGCACCGUAUGCCCUACUCAGGUACAGCAAAGGGAACAUGGGCCUUGUUUUCAAACUGAUGUAAAUAGCUGUUUUCCAGGAUUAUUCAACAGCCUAUUUGAUUAAGUUAUGAUCAUGAUGUUGAAACCAAACUAGGACCAGAAUUAGUUUAUGACACAGAAUAGUCUUUAUCUUGACAGCUGUAUGGAACGUUGACUAAAGGACACGGAGACAGGGCAAUAUGGACAUGAGACCAAUUCUUCUUUUUUCAAACCUGUAUGUAGCCUAGCACUUGGGAGAUUCAGUCCUAGGCAUGUCUACUCAAAAGUCAACCUCGUUGAGUUCAAGAGCUUUUGUAUGUUUUUUCCCCUAUUUAUUGUGCAAUUCUAAUGUUGUCGGCUAGUUUGCAUUUUUAUUAUAAGGCACCCUGGGAGAAGAAAUUUUGAAGGAGAAGAUAUAACAUUGUUUUGUAAUAUAGUUUAAAUUUAAGUUACAAUUUUGUACAUUCAGGUACUGAUUGUGUAUGAAGAAUAGGUGUACUUGCAUCUCUCAUGAAAAGGAGUUCCAGAAAAGGGUAUGUCUGCGUCAGCUCUGUAGGAAACAGAGCCGAGAGGCCAAUGUGCUGGAGUGCUUUGACUAAGACUCCAAAUCCCCACUCGGCUGUGGAAACUUUGGGAAAGUUGGAUUCUCUCAUCUUUGGACUGCAGCAAUGACAAACCCUCUCUGAACAAAUCUAGUGAAAAAACCCUACAAUAGAGUUGCCUUGCGAUCACCAAGGAAUUACAUGAAGGCGCACAACAAUAACAGAUGUAGCUGUUGACUAUCUGCAUUGCAAUUUUAGAAGGACAAACAAGGCAGCUUUCUCUUGCGUUAGUUGAUGCAAUAUUUGAGCAUGACACUCUCAGGAAACAAGCCUUUCAACUUUGUUGAAGCAGAUUGAUAGAAGUUGUUUAUUUAAUUGAGAUUUGUGUCUAUAUGUGAUGGAGAGGGAGUGGGCUUGCCCAUGAGUCUCCAUCUUUUUCCUAAAUUGGGUUCUGGCUAUAAUAUAUUAUUCAAGAAUCUGCUACAUUACUCUCUGACUCAUUGAUGAUCCUAGCUGACAAUCUCAAAUCCUUCUGUACUUGUAGACCCUGGGCACCUCCUUACAGAGCUGUGUUUGGUGCCAGGAAACACUCCAUAGGAACAAGGAAGGCCUUAUUAGAAAAACUGAACCCAAGUAAUAUAAGAGAGGAAAACACGAUGAUGUCAGAUUAGAUUCAGUGUGUUUGCACCCCACACAAGACUGGCAUUGUGGCCAUGGAAACAUUAGAGCGUUGAGCUCUUGGUGGUUUGAAAAUAAGUUCCAAACUUCUAGAAGUUGAGGCACAACUUAAAUACAGUUUUGCAAAAAAAAAAAAAAAAAACCUUGAUAAUAGUUGCUUAUAAAAAAACCAGCCCUUGUUGACAGUUCAGUCCUGGAUUAAUUACCUUCCUGCCCUGAUUGAUUUGUGUAAAUAUGGGUAUUGUACAGCAGUGUGAGAAAGAUUUCAAACUCAAAAGGGCUAGAAUCCAACUGUUUAGAUGGCCAAGAAGAGGGAGAUAUUUUCAGAGAGUUUCUAUUUUCUUCCAAAAUAGACAAUGCUUGAGAGACAGAGAGGUUCCCAGGAUUGAGAUCAAUUGCAGAAAUUGACUCUAAGCAACAGCUUCUAGGGACCAGCUGCUUAUACACUCCAGAUUCAGAAACAGAAUUAAGGAGAUUUGGGCCAAUAAGGACGUGAUGUUUUAGGUAAAGAGAUCUAUCCCAAUUGUACCUCACCAACCUGUACCAGCACAUUCAUAGGGUGGCCUUUGAAGACUUGUAGCUCCAUUACAUUGCUAUGUAAUGAAAACCAUGUGGAAGACUUGACAGUGUGGUUCAGAAGUGUGAAAAAUGGAUAAAACAAGUUCUCUUUUCUCCCACAACCAACCAAGAGUUAAAAUAUUUUUUUCGUACAAGAAGGAAUAUUUUGGUUCCCUUGACUUUGGUACAUGCUGCUCAGUUCUAAAUGUAGAAAGUCAACAGCUGGUGCAUUUCCUAUUUGUAUCUUGUUAAUUUAUUUUAAAAAUGUGAUUGAUAUCUUGUUGGUUAGCUCCAACUGAAAUAGAUAUGUUCAGUUAGUUGUACCAUGAGUCACCAUGUAGGAAAAUUCCAUGGGUUCAGUGGGUCUACCAUACUCAGGACACACAGAAUUUAGGCCACAUUUGUCUAAAUUAAGACGUUCUGCCCUAGAAUUUGGUUUUAAAAUAGCCAAGACUCCUAGCUUUUGUUUUGCACAUCUACACCAUACUUUAUUUUUGUUUAAGGUUUCAGGUACAAAUACAUUGAUUCCAUAAUUCAGAACUAUUAGGGAAGCUGCCUAUACCAAGACAGACCAGUGGUCCAUUCAACCAAGCAAUCCGUGUGGGAAUUCCACUCUUGUAUUUCAUCACCAUCUAAUAUACUGGCUAGGGUUGCUAUGAUAUGCAGUUAAAUAACACCCGGAGGUCCACACGAUUCCCAGCCCUGGUCUAGACCAAUACUGCCAACUUUAACUGCUAGCUCUCCAGGAUUUGGGAAAGGAUUGUUUUGUGCUUGAACAGCUUCUCAUCACAGUACUUACCAGCUCAAUGGUACUAUGCUUCUACAUUCAAAUGAGACUACGGUAGCUAUAGAUUUGGGGAUUAUUGUUAAAUGGGUGCAGAUUAAAUUGAUUGAGAUAUACAAUUCAUUUACUGAGAUUUCUCUAACUCAAGAGGUGGGAGAAAGUGCAGCCUACAGUUGCCUAUGGUCUACCAUCGCAUCUUGCAGGUGUCGCACCUUUCCCCUUGAAUCACCUAAAAUUAAAAAGAAAUUCAUUGGAACUGUGUGUGGCCAUUGCAGUCUACUGAAGAUUGGGAACAGGAGCAAUGUGGGCAAGAUGGGGCAGCAUCUCACUGAUCUUCUGAGAAGACUGUCUUUCCAUUUUACUUGGGAAGGAGGAGAAAGAGCUUGUGUUUUAGUGUGUGCAUAUCUUUAAAAAAACAAAAUGUGCCCCCCAAGGACUUGCUGAAUCCUGGUCCAGCUCACUUGCCCACUUCUUUUCCAAUCGUUCUCAUACGCACCACCAAACACUGGGUGUAGGGUCCAGGUUUUGUUCUCCAGUCUAGGCUGGAAACUGAAAUGAAGGGUACUUUUGUAUUGUCUGAAUAUAUGGUUGCUGUUCGAUAGCCAUUAUUUUUAAUGUGAUCUUCCCUGAAGUACCUCUGUAAAUAUUUGAAAUGUUGUUUGGUGUAUUUAAAUUCUGUGCUGCGCCUCGAAAAAUGUGUGCCUUAAAGAUGAAGCUCGGCUUUUACUUAUUUGUAAGAACCAGAAGCACCUCAGUGAGUUUGCAAAUACAGAUUUCUUAAUGAAAA